UCAGAGUACAGCGCACAUUUACUGCUCCCCAUUCCUUAUAUUUAUUUAAUCCUUCUUUUCUAACAUAAACCAGAUUGAUUAUCCCUUUCGUAGCCAACGUGGCCACAUGCGAGACGUGCUCUUUCGCCUUGAUGUCCAACGACUGCCAGAUAACCGCCCCCAAUCUUUAAAUUCGCAUUAGUUCGCGCUUUAAACCAGAGCUAGACAAUGGGGGCUCCUGCGAUCCUCUCUCUAAGCCGCUUUGAAACGCGAGGCUCUCCCGGAAAGGCUGAAUCCGUUGCUGAUCGACCGGGAUAGACAAGGCUCGACCAUCAAGCCUCAUGGGUUAAAUGAAACUGGCCCACUGCUCAGCUCCAUCGGUGGACUGUGCCACUUGAUUCCCUGCAAUCAACCCUGCUCGAGAUAAUGCACAGUGCUGCGCCGCAUGGAAUAACCCCCUACCAGAUGGAUAUAAAGAGGUGUUCAUUUCAUGGUUGGACGCCAUGGAUUGCCAACAAGAAUGUCGUCGCAACACCAGUAUACCCUGGCUGAUCGCGCAUCGAGAGAAAAAGAUGUUUAUGAUGAACGAACUCGAUCGUCAUCCGAGCUGAGCUCGCCUGUAGAGAGCCAGGCUUUCCACUCACAGUGGUCGAUUGGAUGGGUGACUCCGAGUGCUAUCAUCAGUUGCUUCCUCGUAGCUGUCGCCCUCGCCGCCGGCCAUCUCGGCCUCUUCCACUGGCUGGACCAACGAAAAGUCAACGACACCAUCAGACAGCCAUACGUGACGGCCCUCUCUCUCGUCUUCGCAAAUGGCUUCCGCACCUUUCUCACAGCAGCCCUGGGCAUCGCCUUCAUCCAGAUGCUCUGGAAAGACCUCCGCGUGCGAGCAAUGCGCGUCUCAGACCUUGACUCGUUCCUCUCCGUCCUUGCCAACCCGUUUUAUCUCGGUCGGUUUAGUCUCAUCUCGCAAGCGCCUUUUCCCUUCCUCUGUGCGCUGUUGUGUUGGUUAAUUCCCGUCGCUAUGAUCUUCCCUCCGGGUGCUUUGACGGUUGAGCCGAAGAUGCUGCAUACCCUGUAUAACCAGAGCGUGCCGACUUUUGAUUCUAGUUUUACGGGGAAUGGGACGUUUCAUGGGAUGAUGGAUAGUGCGAUCUGGCAAGCUGAUGAUUUUGAUGCAUACAGUGCACCCACAAACGAACUCAGCAGGAUCGCACGACAAUCCAUCCUCGCAGGAAGAUAUCUGACAUCACCAUCUCCAUGCGGCCAGAACUGCUCCUACACACUAGAAGUAAACGGACCCAGCUUCAAGUGCCAUGACUAUGCAUCCCCCGAUCUGCUCUCCUGGGUCAACAACACUUAUCCACGGACUAAGGACUGGCCGUAUCUGUAUAUCGCGUCAACCGAUUCUGCGGCGAGAACGAAUAGCUCCAAGUAUGCUCUUGAUAUUCAGCUUCAAUGGAGUCAGGACGGGGAGUAUCACAAUCUUACCUGUGUUGCGUAUGAUUCUGUCUAUACGUUUAACAUGACGUAUCACAAAGGCCUGCAGGAGACAGCAACCCAUGUUCGCCAGAAUGGGCAAUUGAAUGCCUCGUCUUUGUAUUUUGACAACUCGGUCCUUCCAAAGGAUGGAGGGUCAGAAGGGGUUGUCAAUGACACUUCGGUUGGAGCAAAUGGGGGGAAUAUCAUGGAUAUCAACAGGAGGAGCAAUCUGGCUGCAAUCCACGACUCGCUGGCACUGGCUCUCGCUGGAUACAUCGAUAUAUUCAUCAUGCACAACCAACAAUCAGCAAAUACAAUCAUUGACCUGUCCAACCUCUACUCCGGCCCAAUCCGCUCGCCAACAUUCAACAUCACACCAUCCACCAUGCAAGACUUACUCCACAACAUCACCCUAUCCACCCUAACCCUCAACCAAACCACCACUUCGGCACUCGUCACCGAAACAAUCCUCGUCAACAUCUACUCCUUCACAAAUCCAGCCAGACUCAUCACGCCCUACUUCAUCGCUCUAGCCAUCGCACUCGCCUUUGCCAUCGGUGGCGGACACGCUCUAGUCAGCAACGGCAUCUCAGCAAGUACCGGCGGACUACUGCAAACAUUGUGUACGACUAGAGGGAGUGAUAGGCUCAGUGAUCUAGCUGCCAAGGGCUGUCUGGGUGGAAGGGAGAAUGUUCCGGAGGAUUUGAAGAAUCUGAAAGUCAUGUUUGGGGAGAUAAGAAGUAGUUCUGGGAUGCGGAUUGCUGGGUUGGGGUCUGAGGAUGAGGUUACUCCGCUUGUUAGGGGGUCAAUCUAGUUGACUUGGAGUUUACAGUGGUGCUAUAUUAUAAUAAAC